AUGGAUGUACGCUGCAAACACUGGGCGAGGUAUGUCUCGAUAAUUCUUAUUUUCGUUGCUACCAUUAACUCUAAUUAUGCGGUUACACAUUACUCUAUUCCUGAGGAAAUGGAGGAAGGGUCUGUUGUCUCAAAUUUAGCUGCUGAUCUCGACCUCGAUGUCAAAGUGCUCUCUAAACGGAAAAUGCGCUUGGAAGUCAUAGCAAACAAGAAAUAUCUGGAUGUGAACAAAGAAACGGGGGAGCUGUAUAUCGCAGAGAAGAUUGACCGGGAAUAUCUUUGCACAUCUAAGACAUCAACUUCAUGUUUUCUAAAAAUGGAAGCUGUUGUGGAAGACCCCCAGCGGAUAUUCUAUAUUGAAAUAGAGUUAAUGGAUAUCAAUGAUAACGCCCCUCAUUUUAGGAGGGACACUAUAAACUUGGACAUUUCGGAAGCAACUCAAGCUGGUGAAAGAUUUUCCGUCAGCAAUGCGGUUGAUCCAGAUGUUGGUUCAAAUUCUGUAAAAACAUAUCUUUUGAGUGAAAAUGAACACUUCGAUAUAGAAAUACAGACAGGAAGGGAUGGUUCAAAGUUUGCAGACCUUAUAUUAAAAAGGGAGCUCGACCGAGAAAAGCAAGCUGUUCAUAAAUUAAUACUUACUGCCGUGGAUGGUGGCAAACCUUCUCGCACCGGUACAGCCAGCAUUACAGUUCGAGUCCUAGACACGAAUGACAACGCCCCAAAAUUUAGUAAAGAAAACUAUACAUUUGAAAUAAUGGAAAACUCUCCGAUUGGAAGCCUUGUACUUCAUCUUAAUGCUACAGACUUAGAUGAAGGAUCUAAUGCAGAGAUAGCGUAUACAUAUAGCUUGUAUACUUCCGAAAAGACACAAGAAACAUUCAGUCUGAAUCCUAAGACUGGGGAGAUAACAGUUAAAGGAGUGCUAAACUACGAGGAUUUGAAGCUGUAUGAUAUGGAAGUUAUAGCAACAGACAAAGGAACCAAUGUUUUAUCGGGACUAUGUAAGAUAUCAAUUAAAGUGGAAGAUAUGAAUGACAACCACCCAGAAAUAUCUAUCAAAUCCUUUCAGAGUCCAGUCAAAGAAAACAUAGAAUUAGGAACGGUUAUAGCAGUGGUUAGUGUCGGUGAUAAAGAUUCAGGUGAUAAUGGAAUAGUUGAUCUUCAUAUUCCUGAUAAUAUGCCUUUCAAACUGAGGGAAUCCUCUGAUAAGUAUUAUGAAUUGGUAGUUUCAGAACCACUGGACCGUGAGAGGGUUCCAGAAUAUGACAUCACAUUCACUGUCACAGACAGAGGUAUCCCUCCUUUAUCAGAUAAUGAAACUGUGACUUUAGAGCUGCUGGAUGUUAAUGACAAUGUUCCUCAGUUCCCUCAGUCCUUCUAUACUAUACGUGUAAUGGAGAAUAACGCCCCUGGGGCCUUGUUGAGUUCCCUCACUGCGUUUGACCCAGAUCUCCAUGAAAAUCAAUAUCUAGUUUAUUUUAUCAUCGAGAAGGAGAUCGCCAACACCUCCAUGUCCAUGCUGUUCUCCAUCAACCCAGAGAACAGUAAUCUUUACGCACUCAAGACGUUUGACUACGAGAUGGAGAAAGAGUUUCUUUUCCACAUUGAGGCCAGAGACUCUGGUGUUCCUCCUCUCAGCAGUAACGUGACCGUCCACAUCAUUAUUGUGGACCAGAACGACAACACUCCUGUCAUUGUCUCUCCGUGGCGCGCGCACGGCUCGGUGGUGGAGGAGAAGAUCCCCAGAUCCACGGAUAAAGGCUCUCUGGUCGCCAAGGUGAUAGCCAUAGACACCGACUCGGUGCUGAACUCGCGGAUUACAUACCAGUUUCUGCAGGUGACUGACGCCACCUUAUUCAGUCUGGACCAAUACAACGGAGAGAUCCGGACCAUGAGGAUGUUCAGUUACAGAGAUCCACGUCACCAGCGUCUGGUUGUUGUUGCCAAGGACAACGGGGAGCCCGCUCUCUCUGCCACAGUCACCAUCAAGCUAUCCACAGUGGAGACUGCUGUCAAGACCUACUCUGACAUGACUGAAGUGCCUCUGGAAUAUGACAUCUUUUCGGACUUAAACCUGUAUUUGGUCAUCGGUCUGGGCUCGGUGUCAUUUCUGCUCUUGAUCACCAUAUUGGUCACCAUCGUGCUGAAGUGUCAGAAACCCAAGGCCAGCAAAGCGGCUCCUCCCUGUAGGAACAGUGUGAUCAGUGAGAGGAACUCGACCAUCGCAGACUCCACCCUGGUCUCCAACGAUGCCUACUGGUACAGUCUGUUUCUAGCGGAGACCAGGAAGGGAAAACUAGUGGUUCGACAGCCUCUGCCAAAGGGCUCCAGGUACAUCGUGUCCAGUAUACCAAGGAGCACAGGGCUGACAGAGACUAGUGACUCGGCAGCUUCCACUCUGCAGGUGAGAGUUAAUUAA